AUGGAGAUGAAACGACACGAUAAGCCGGGCAGCUUGUCGCCCGUGAAGAUCAAGAGUGAGGAAGGCCGAGCUGGAAGGUCGGAAAAGGAGUUGAAGCUGCCCCCGGAGAAAUCACCCAGUGAUGAUAAGCAACGACGCUUGUCACGGGCCAGCGAAAGUUCUAAGGGCACGAUAGACAGACAGGACUCCAGAUCAUCGCUAAGCCCAAAAGUUCCCCGCAAAUACUUCACUAAUUGGAAACAAGCUUGCGAUAAAACAAAAGAUAAAACGAAAGAACUGCUGAAGCGUUGGAAGACGUUACCGGAAGGUGAAGCUGCACAGAUGUCAGAGCCCGGUCGCAGCGAGGAAGAAAAGCACGGAUGGAGCGUACACGUUUGGACUACUUGGGUAAAUCGUUGUAGUGAAGACUUGGAAUGCCUGGAUUUAGAGGAAGAACAGCCUCUGGCCCAGCUUAGCACCGUACAAAAUGAAAAGAUGACACUUUUCUUCACCGAACUGCUGGACCAUGACCGAGAUGACGUCAUCUGUGACCAAGAUUUUGAUAAUUUUUUUGAGAAGCUGGCCCAUUUUGCGGACUGGUCGCCCAACUCGUCGGAGUUUCACAUACUCUUGGAAGUGAAGAGAGAAUUCAUCGAACAUUUCCUCGACCCGUUGCCCAACAAAUUUGCAGAAUUACCCUACUACAGACGCGUUUGUGGUCCCGAAGCUGGAGGUUUACCCGGACGGACGACACUUGAAGGCUGGCUGGCUAGAUGGGCGCUUCUAUUGAGUGAACCAAACAAGUUUGCAGAUUUACCGUUGUAUUUGCAGUACUUCUGCAAGAUUUUGUUCCACAUUAUUGAUAGGACAGGUGUUGGAGAAAUAACAAAGGAUGCCCUUGCAUCAUUUUACCGGUCAGUGAUUGGGUUACCAGCGAAAAGAAUAGAAGAAAUCAUAGAUACUGCUUACGACCGGAUGACGAGUAAUAGCUAUCUAAUCCUGGAUUACGGCACCUUCGUACACUGCUACAUAAAUUGGCUCAUGGGCAAGAAUCCCAACGGUCCCGGACAGUGGGUGCUUGUCCCUUCGAAGGACUCCCUCCCACAGCCGCCUUUUCCCGUAGACUAUAGCGCCUUAAACACAGAACCUGGCAAGUUAGAACCAUACGCGCCAGAUAAAAAAACUAAUCGACACUCUGUUAUCGUUUAA